UAUUAUUGACUUUGCGUCACAAGGUUAUGUCAAAUUCAAAUAAAAUAAACGAUUUUUUGUAUUUCAAAACAAAAAUACCAUAAUUUUUAAUAGACAUCGUACAAAUUGUGUCCUAUCUCAGAUAGUCAGAAACUCCGUUUUUAAAGAGCACUGUUAUACUCGAAGUUCAAUAUCAUAAUAAGUUUCCCGCGAAAAGUGAAACUUUCUUUACGUUCACAUCACAACAAUGCUAUCUACAUCUAACUUAGAAAGGCUAAUUGCAGAGAAAAGGCGUGAGAUAGAGAAGGAGAAAACUGUGCUGGGUCUGGCGGUUCGAGAGCCGGUCCAUCAACAUGAGAACGCCAACGCUGGAACACAGACGGUUAAAAAGCAAGUGAAUUUCGCGCAAACACAGCCACAGCCGCUGCGCGAACACCAUGCCUACACAGAGAACCAAGAAGAGAAAGAGCUUCAGGAACUAUACAGAGAGCAAGAAGAGAGGAUACCGCCGGAUCUAGAGAGAUAUAUCAGGCGCUACAUAGGCUUGCCCGUGAUGCUGAAGGCGGGCGAGUAUUCCCCAAACAACCCGCUGGUGCGCGGCGAGCGCGCGGCGGGCGACGCGCUGCUCGGGCUGGGCGAGUACGAGCGGCGGCGGAACACGCUGCGCAAGAUACGCCAGCAGCAGUACCGGGAGUAUCUAGACCAGCAAGCAAAGAAAAAACAAGAGGCGAAACAACAAGCGGAGAGGGAGCGUCGUGAACGUGAACAGAAGGAGAAAGAACGAGAAGAGAGGGAGAGAGAGAUACUGCAGGAGCGAGAGAGGUAUAGCGCGGAGCGGCGCCGCAGCGUGCAGCAUGUCGACAACAACAACUGUUAUCACAACACUACGGUAGACACAGGCGUCCAAGUCGACAACUUCACGCGGCCGCUAUCAGUUGCUGUGCAGACUGAUGAGACAGAGUUAUACAGGCUGCCCCCCUCGCCCACUAAGACCCAGCUGACGCUAACGCAGGCCGAGCGUGAGUUGUCCCCGCGCAGUGUGACGGGAGCCCGCGGCUGGGCCCACGCGUGGGACAACAACAACGAACAGUGUCAGCGGCGGCGCAGUUAUGGGGACUUUGAUGAUCGUUCAUCGACACUGGUUAAGAAGUCCGAUCUCCGCCACACGUACAUGCCGUCCAUAUUCGACGCCGAUGCCAUACAGCUGAGGAACAUGCAGGCUGAGAAGGAAGCGGCAGAACGUCGUCAGUACUACCAACAAGAGCUGAAGAAUCAAAUACAAGAACAGCAGAGAAUCAGAGAAGAGAGGAAAACUAGAGAGAAAUUGCUGGAACAAGCGGAGAUGCGUCGUCUUGAGGAACAACUGCGGAUGCUGCGAGUCGCGCAGGAGAGAGAGAUCAGCCGACAACACGACAUCACUGCUGCUAUCAAAGAGAAUACAACUGACUAUCACAACAAACGCACAGAAUUACAGCGCGAUAUAGACGCGGAACAACAAAAGUUACUCCGAGCCACCUCCCAGCCUAUACGACAACAGCCGAAACGCAGUAUUCAUACCUCCGUCAGCGACAACAACCCCUCAAAACUACCGUUCUACUACCCGAGGAUACAAGAACGUACCAACGAAAUAGCUAACAAGAAACCCUACUCAAUAAACAUCCCAGACAAUUCAAUAUUCUCGUCAAACUACGACGUAGACAGCUAUUUGAGACGAAACCUCAACUUCAACAAAGACAAACAUUACGAUAAUGAUGACACGGACGUCGAAGUGCAGAAAUCUAAACGCGUUGUCGUCGAGAAGGCCUUAGUUCAUGACAGACCAGAUGAGAGACUUAAACUUACUGUGAACGAAAAAGUUCAAACUCCAAGAAAUCCACAACUAAAUGUCGACACUUUACCAAUACCUGUGCUUAGACAUUCACCAAAGAAUUAUGACGGCGAAAACGACGACAGCAAAAUGAGUGAAGCUAUGAAGAAAGUCGAUGAUAAAUGGAAAGUACCGGCCGUGCAGAAGAAUAUAUUGAAAGCAUUACCAAAUGAUGAAGGCAAGAGUGUGAACAUACUAACACAAUUGGGUUCUAUAAGACGCCAGCUGCAAUUGGAACAGCUGAAACUAGAUAGGAUGAUAAAUAAAGAGGAUGUGUGAUAUACGGACUGCUUGGAUAAAGAUGUUAGGGUUAAAAGGGGCGGGAAUCGAGGAGUUUGUUGUAUGGGAUUUGUUUAGGUAAUUGUGAAACGAUAUGACAGGCAAAGUGCGAAAAAUAUGGUGUUUUUCACAAACUCAAGGAAUGACGUUGGGUACGGUAUUCCCAUAAAAAGGUGUCUUUAUUCAAGCAAGUCCAAUACGAAUUAAUAUAAGUAAUUUACAGCCCUUCCAAGCUUGGCACUAUUAGCUAAAUAUAAAUGAUAUACAAAGAAUAUUCACAUUAUAUGUGUUAUUGUCAUUUAGGCCGGUAAUUGGAUUGCUCGAUAAUCAAUGUACAGUAGUAAAAGCCAUCACCAAUCACCACUUCGCGACGUUGCUGACUUCCAUGUGCGAUAACCAAUGGUGAUUUGUCAUUUACAAUACGUUACUACCGUAUAUAUUUAUUGUUUGUACAUAAUACCAGUCUAUAUAUGUAUGACUCCGGUUUUGCCGCUUCCCGUAUAGGGUUGGGUUUUUAUAACCACGCUAGCUCGCCACGGAUUGGCGAUUUCAGAUUCCAACAUUUGGAAUCCAUAGUUUUCUUACACAAUUUUGUCAGUGAUGUCUUAGAGCAGAAAAUGCAUAUAACUUUUAAAAAGUCACAUUGGUACUUUAUCUGCGUUGGGGUUGAACCUGCACAACAUUCAUACAAUUCCCUGCUGGCCCAGAUCAAUACUGCAAGCCGCAGGGCUACCGCGACAAUUUAUACAUACUAGGUACUAGGCAAUUUCUUAUCGUGGAAAUCGUCACAACGUAGAAAGUUUACCAAUAAUCUAAGUAUGUAAAAGAAAUUUACUUUGCAUUAUUCGAUGCAGUCCAAUAUAACCGGCCUACCACACUGAGAUCUUAGUAUAAUCAUACUAGAUUGCACGAAACUAUUCUAUAAAUUAGAAAAACGUAGACAGUUUAAAUGUAUUACCAGUUAUUCAAAACUACAGUCAACUACUGUCUUUUAAAUUUAAGUAAAAAAAUAGUUUUUUUUUUAUCACAAUUAUGUUUUAAUUUAACAUCUUAACCGGGUUAAGACCGCGGUAAAACCCAGAUAAGAUGUAAAUCUAAUAUGUAUUGUUAAUUUUACAUACUGUUUAGUUUGUUGCAUGUUAUUCUACGAUUAUGUUUUAAUAUAUUCUUUGAUAUGUUGUACUAAUUGUAAUUAUAAC